AUGUUCAAGGGCACUCAGUUCCACUUCCGCAUCACCCGCGAGCUGCGGAAUCGCAACAAGGAGCAAGUCGACCUUAAAAUCGAGAUCCCUGCGGGAACGCGCAGUGGCACGCGGAUCCUGUGCGAGAAGGCCGGGCACGAGCUCAAGGACGGCACCAUCCAAGAUGUCGUGUUCCUCGUCGAGGAGACGCCUCACGGGCGGUUCGCUCGCGUGAAGGACGACCUUUUCCUGGACAUCAGCGUGCCCUGGGACAAUUCUUUGCUUGAGCAGCCAGGCGAGGUCUGCAUCAAGGGCAUCGACGGUCAGGAGCUGUCGUUCAAGCUGCCUUAUCCUAUCUACGAAAAGGCGACCGAGGGACAGGUAAUCAUCAAGGGGGCUGGCAUGCCCACCAGUGACGAUCGCAAGAAAUCGGGCCGCCGAGGCGAUCUCAUUGUUCGGUGCGUCUAUCACCUUUUGACGCUGGAUCGUAUUAUUGACCGGUCGCUUGUAGAUGGGUGGUUGAGUUUUCGAGCCAGACAAAAUGGCAGAAAUUCAAGAACCUUGCCCUCCGGUUCAAAGUCUAGACUAUGCAUGAACGCACACCUAUGA